AUGAGUAAUGGAAGCAAAGAUGGUGCUCGAUUUGAAGUUUUAUCAGACACAUUCGCAGGAUUGAUCGGACAACGACCACAUCUGCGAAAGUUGCUAAAGACACAAGACGGAAAGGCUUUAUUCCAUGAAGCAGGAAUCUACCUAUCCGAUUCAAAUACAGUAAUUUUAUCUUCAAACAGGUACGAGAGAAAAGGCAAAGAGAACGAUCAAUAUGCAUGCGUUGUACAUCUUCCCAUCAAUGCUUUGCCUAGGCCCAAAGCCAACGAUCCAGUCUACCCCGGUGAGCCAAGUGUUCAUAUGCAAGAGCAUAUAUGGAGUCAAAUCACAGUCAGAGAGUCUUUGGGAAAAGAUAUGAUCAUGCCAAACGGAGCAACCCGUUGGACUCUCGAUGAUGGAAGAGAAGGCGUGCUGUGGUGCGAGCAAGGCAAACAUGAUUUGACCGCAGUUCAAGAUCCAACACAAGCAUACGUACAUUCUGCUCUGGUCGUAUAUGAUCCAAAGAAUUAUUCUACAUCUUCCACGGUGGACUCGUUCGAAGGCAAACGAUUCUCAAGCUUGAAUGAUGUUGUCGUUCAUCAACAAUCUGGCGCUGUUUUCUUCACUGAUCCGGAUUAUGGUGUCGAACAAUUGUUCAAACGUGGACAUGAUAUUCAAACGGGCGAACAUGCAUACGCUCCAAAUGGUGUGUAUUGCUGGCAGCCCAAGUCGGGAAAAGUUACGUUAUUGGAUUCCGAUUACGUCAAACCGAAUGGAUGUACAUUUGUACCUGAUCCCAACUACCCAUCAACAUCAGGCGUUGGUGCUCUGGUCACUACUGACACUGGUCGCUUGAAUUUCAAGCAUCUUCGUUGCCCCAAAUCAGGCAAAUUGUCAGCGCAUUUCGUUUGUGAUAAAGGCAAACCUGCAUGCAUUUAUGCAUAUCCAGUCAACUAUCAAAAAGACAAAUGCUCACCUGAUCAUCCUUUCGUGGACGUUGAAAGACGUCAAUUAGUGGCUCAUUCUUCUUGCUCUGGCGCUCCUGAUGGCAUUCAUCCGGAUGAAAAAGGUAACGUUUGGGCUGGUCAUAGCGAUGGCGUACAUGCUUAUGCGAUCGAUUGGUCAACAUUCUCAAAAGCACACACACAAUCAAAUCAAAAACCUAUCGGCAGACUCAUCGGCAAAAUUCGACUACCAGACGGUCACGGUGUGGCCAAUUUCUGUUGGGCCGGCAAAGUUAGCGGAGGAAAUGAUUCCACAUGCCCAGAUCGCUAUCGAAUGCUUCUUUUCGCUGAGGAUGAAUUGUGGGAAGCAAUAGUAGCCGUGAAUGGGUUCGAUUAA